AUGAGGCAACGGGGGAAGAUGCACUCGCCUUCGAACACUCUCCCGAUGUAUUCCCCGGGAUCCUACUUCGAUCUUCACUCGAUCAGAGAGUCAAGUGAAGAACAUCAACCAAGUCCCGUUCAGCAGCACGCUCAGCAGCAGCAUUAUGGAUCUGGCGGCGGCACAAGCAACCCCACGAGUAUCGAAAACAUGUCCUGGAGCGGUAGCCCCAAUAGAAAUAUUGGUUUUACAGCCGCCUAUCAAAGCCUGACGUCGGGAUCCGACCCUCACAACGGUUACGAAUCAAAGCCUUGGCAUCAACAGCAGCUGUCAGAACAACUCGCAAGCCCAAGGUCCAACCUCAACCACCGGUACCACGUCUCCAUCUCUAUGGGAUUAGGACCCGGGUUCGAUGGUGCUGGGCAAUUUCGCAAUCGCCCGCACCAAAGUCCUGUCGCCAUGGACAGCAGCGCUUAUGGCGUCGAAGCCGCUAUACCCACCCCCUCCGAGUCAAUGUCUUUGUAUCGCGAUAGCAUUCGUUUCACAAAAUCCCUCCAACAGGAUGCUCAGGAGAAUCUUCACGGGUAUUUCCUGCGUCCUACCAGCAUGGUCCCUGAGAUGCCUGCCAUGUCCACAGUGCCGGGACAAGUGGAUUCGGGGGGUACAGUGCUAGGAAACGAUGACCCUUGGUCGGCCUUUGAGCAAAGACGAUACCGGAAUUCGGCGGAGCUGAUGCCGCAACUCGAAGGGAGGCAGCAAAUAUAUUCUGAUGUCUACGGUGGUCCUCGUCCAGGCGAAUCGGCUUACUGCAACUUCUCUGAUCCGACUCGCUCGCUUGAUGUAUCGGCUUUCAACCGAGAUGUCGGUGAUUUGAUCCAGAAUAACCAGCAAACUGGAUCCGGUGGUGGAAAUUGGCAGGCUAAUGGUUUCUCAGAGACUACAUGCCAGCCACAGAUCCCUCAGCAUGGUUACCACCGAGAGCUGGCGCCACCUGGGGACAGCUUGGCUAGAGUUGAUAGCAAAGCCCUGGCCUCAUCGUCCGGCACUCGCUCACCUCCUUCGACUUCCACGCGUUCGACAACCCUCGACCCGCUGCUCUGUUCUCUCUGCACAACCCGUUUCCACGGGAAAUACCGAAAAGGCAACUUCGCUCGACACAUGCGCUUGAAACAUGGACUUAGCCCGAAGAAGUACAUAUGUGCCAGCAACGAAUGCAACUGCUCGUUUGCAAGGAAAGACGCCCGUCUCAAGCACUCUCGCAAAAAACACGCAGAACUUCAUCUCAAGCCAGCGAUUUCCCGCAAGAAUGUCCGCCAUAACACCGUGCGCAACCCAGUCAGCCACCGAAAUGAGGCGUACAACCAUGGAAGUCAGAGCUUCGGGGACGCUGAAUCACUCCUCACAGAUUCGCAGUAUACUGGACCGCCACUUCAGCACGACGACGACCUCCUUGGCCUGGCGGGCACAUAA